AUGGAGAGUACGCCCAGCUUCCUGAAGGACACCCCAAUCUGGGAGAAGACGGCCCCUGAGAACAGCAUCAUGGGACAGGAGCCAGGGACCCCACCUCGAGAUGGCCUGCGUCGUGGGCCACUGUGCCUGGGAGAGUCUGCUCCCUUCUGGAGGGGCAUCCUGAGCACCCCAGACUCCUGGCUUCCCCCUGGUUUCCCCCAGGACCCCAAGGACACGCUCCCACUUGUGGAGGGUGAGGGACCCCAGAAUGGGGUGAGGAAGGCCACCUGGCUGAGCAGUAAAGAGGGACUGCACUGGAAGGAGACAUUGCGCACCCAUCCACUGGCAUUCUGUGGGCCAGCGUGCCCACCUCACUACAGCCCCCUGAUUCCUGAGCAUAGUGGUGGCCAUCCCAAGAGUGACCCUGUGGCCUUCCGGCCCUUGCAGUGCCCUUUCCUUCUGGAGACCAAGAUCCUGGAGCGAGCUCCCUUCUGGGUACCCACCUGCUUCCCACCCUACCUAGUGUCUGGCCUGCCCCCAGAGCGACCAUGUGACUGGCCCCUGGCCCCACACCCCUGGAUGUACUCUGGGGGCCAGCCCAAAGUGCCCUCUGCCUUCAGUUUAGGCAGCAAGGGCUUCCACAAGGAUCCGAGCAUUUUGGGGCAGGCAAAGGAGCCCUUGGCAGCUGCGGAAGCUGGGCUGCUGGGCUUAGCCCCUGGCCGGCCUCUCCAGAGAACUCAGGAGGCUGAGCACCCCUCAUUCCACCAGAGGGAUGGAGAGACAGGAGCUGUCAGGCAGCAGAAUCUUUGUCCAUUUUUCCUGGGGCAUCCAGGCACCGUUCCCUGGACCCCCUGGCCCACUUGUUCCCCAGGCCUUGUUCAUACUCUUGGCAAUGUCUGGGCUGGACCAGGCAAUGGGAGCCUUGGGUACCAGCUGGGGCCAUCUGCCAUACCACAAGGCCCCUCUCCUGUGCUUCCUACUACCCGUAGGGCCUGUUGUUCAUCCCACCCACCCACUGGGGAUGGGGGUCUUGGCCCUUAUGGGAAAUGCCAGGAGAGCCUGGAGAUGGGUACCAGUGGGUCCAGCGAAUCCAGCGAGGAAGUGAGCAAGGCCACGGAUCCCAGGGCCUGCCCCCCAAGCCACCACACCAAGCUGAAGAAGACAUGGCUCACGCGACACUCAGAGCAGUUUGGAUGUCCAGGCGGCUGCCCCGAGGAUGAGGAAAGCCCAGCCACCAGGCUCCAGGCCCUCAAGAGGGCAGGCAGCCCUGAGGUCCAGGAAGCAUUGGGCAGCCCAGCCCCCAAACGGUCACCUGACUCUUUCCCAGGCCCUGCAGGGCAGGGGGUCAGGGCUUGGCAGGAGAUGCUGGAUGCAUCAAGAGGGAACAAGGUGGAGGCAGAACAGCAUGAUGACCAGAAAGGAUGCCAUGGUGGCCCAGCCAGCCUCCAGGAUCCAGGACUUCAGGACAUACCCUGCUCUGCCCUCCUGGUGGGCCUCGCUCAAUGCCAAAGCUGUGCCCAGGCAACUGGAGAGGGGGGAGAGCUGGCCUGCCACUCCCAGCAAGUACAGAGAUUGCCUUUGGGAGGGGAGCAGCAGCAGAUGGAGGAUGCAGUGGGCAGCACCAGCUCUGAGGAGGGCGAGGGGUCUGGCUUGGAGGCCCCCCUCAGCACGGGCCUUGCCAAGCAUCUGCUCAGUGGUUUGGGGGACCGACUAUGCCGCCUGCUGAAGAGGGAACGAGAGGUCCUGGCCUGGGCGCAGCGGGAAGCAGGCCAGGGGCCAGCCGUGACAGAGGACAACCCAGGCAUUCCACGCUGGUGUAGCCGUUGCCAUCAUGGACUUUUCAACACCCACUGGCAAUGCCCCCGGUGCAGCCACCGGCUGUGUGUGGCCUGUGGCCGCAUGGCAGGUGCUGGAAGGGCCAGAGAGAAAGCAGGCUCACAGGAGCAAUCUACAGAGGAGUGUGCCCAGGAGGCUGGGCACCCUGCCUGUUCCCUGAUGCUGACCCAGUUUGUCUCCAGCCAGGCUUUGGCGGAACUGAGCACUGCAAUGCAUCAGGUCUGGGUCAAGUUUGACAUCCGGGGGCACUGUCCAUGCCAAGCUGAUGCCCGGGUGUGGGUCCCUGGGGAUGGCAGCCAGCAGAAGGAGCCCUCAGAGAAAACACCCCCAACUCCACAACCUUCCUGUAAUGGGGACACCAGCAGGACAAAGGACAUCAAAGACGAGACCCCAGACUCCACGGAGACCCCAGCAGAGGACCGUGCUGGCCGAAGGUCCCUGCCUUGUCCCUCUCUCUGUGAACUGCUGGCCUCUACUGCGGUCAAACUAUGCCUGGGCCACGAGCGGAUACACAUGGCCUUUGCCCCUGUCACCCCAGCCCUGCCCAGUGACGACCGCAUCACCAAUAUCUUGGACAGCAUCAUUGCACAGGUGGUGGAGCGGAAGAUCCAGGAGAAAGCCCUGAGGCCAGGACUGCGGGCUGGCCCAGGCCUGCGCAGGGGCUUAGGCCUGCCCCUCCCCCCUGUGCGGCCCCGGCUGCCACCCCCUGGGGCUCUGCUGUGGCUGCAGGAGCCCAGGCCUCAGCAAGGCUUCUACCUCUUCCAGGAGCACUGGAGACAGGGCCAGCCCGUGUUGGUGUCAGGGAUCCAGAGGGCAUUGAGAGGCAGCCUAUGGGGAGCGGAAGCUCUUGGGGCGCUUGGAGGCCAGGUGCAGGUGCUCACCCCGCUGGGGCCUCCCAAGCCCACAAGCCUGGGCAGCAAGACAUUCUGGGAGGGCUUCUCCCAGCCUGAGAUUCGCCCAAAAUCAGACGAGGGUUCUGUCCUCCUGCUGCACCGAGCUCUGGGGGACAAGGACACCAGCAGGGUGGAGAAUCUGGCGGCCAGCCUGCCACUCCCAGAGUACUGUGCCCAGCAUGGGAAACUCAACCUGGCUUCCUACCUCCCGCCGGGCCCUGGCCUGCAUCUACUGGGGCCCCAACUCUGGGCAGCCUAUGGUGUGAGCCCACACCGUGGACACCUGGGGACCAAGAACCUCUGUGUGGAGGUGACUGACCUGGUCAGCAUCCUGGUGCAUGCCGAGGCACCACUGCCUGCCUGGCACCGGGCACAGAAAGACUUCCUUUCAGGCCUGGACGGGGAGGGGCUGUGCUCUCCAGGCAGCCAGGUCAGCACCGUGUGGCACGUGUUCCGGGCACAGGACGCCCAGCGAAUCCGCCGCUUUCUCCAGAUGGUGUGCCCAUCUGGGGCAGGCACUCUGGAGCCCGGGGCCCCAGGAAGCUGCUACCUGGAUGCAGGGCUGCGGCGGCGCCUGCGUGAGGAGUGGGGCGUGAGCUGCUGGACGCUGCUGCAGGGCCCAGGGGAGGCCGUGCUGGUGCCCGCGGGGGCUCCCCACCAGGUACAGGGCCUGGUAAACACAGUCAGCGUCACUCAGCACUUCCUAUCCCCUGAGACUUCUGCCCUCUCUGCUCAGCUCUGCCAUCAGGGACCCAGCCUGAUUCCUGAAUGCCACCUGCUUUAUGCCCAGAUGGACUGGGCUGUGUUCCAAGCAGUGAAGGUGGCGGUGGAGACAUUACAGGAGGCCAAAUAGAGGAGUUCCUGUUGUUUGGGGUAGGGGUCGGGGCAGGCGCUUAGCCAGGUGCAGUGGCAAUAGGAUAUGGGGGUCUUGGGGACUUUUGGUCAAUCUCAUAAUUAUCACCCUGGACACAAGUGGGGUGCUCCAUUCCCCACCCCUGCCCUGGACCCUAAAACCAACAACCGCAGUGCCACAGAAGCUCACAGCUGCCCUUCACAGGCUGGCUCCUGCCCCACCCCCGUGUCCCUCUCCAUGGUACCAAGCUCACAUUGGGGGUGGUUGACUACUUCCAACCCUGUGCCCUGCCCAGGAGACAAGCAGCCCUUCCUUGGGGGACCUUGGGAAUCAUUCUGGCUUAAGCAGCACCUCCUCAUGCCCCCUUACCCCUGCCAUCCACCCAUGCCCUGGCUCUGCUUAUGCUACCGCAUCAUCACUGGGCUCACUGCAGACAUGCUGGACAAGGGGCCGCUGAAAUUCUGUCCUGCCAGAAGAGCUGGGAAAUGUGGAGAGGGGACAGCGUCAGGGACUGCCCAGGCUUAGCAGCAGGGAAAGGCAUGAGUGAUGCCACCCUGCUUUGCUCCCUCUGCUCGCCCCACUCCUUCAUGAUUUCCAUUAAAGUCUGUUGUUUUGUGA